GUGCUCUCUGUCAUACAUGCAACGCCAAGGAGAAAGCCACCGGUUUGACUCACCUGAUUUGCCAUAAAUGUCGAGCUUCCAUUGAUGCUGGACAAGAGCUCAAAUAUCGGUCUGAGAUGUAUCAUGCGUAUCACUUCAACUGUGCAUCUUGUGGCUCAGAACUAUCAUCGGAUGCCCGCGAACGUGAGGGAGAAUUGUUCUGUCUUCGGUGUCAUGAUAAAAUGGGUAUUCCGAUUUGCGGAGCUUGCAGACGUCCCAUUGAGGAACGCGUGGUUCACGCACUUGGGAAAACUUGGCACGUCGAACAUUUCGUUUGCGCACGUUGUGAAAAACCCUUCUUGGGCUCCAGACACUAUGAAAAGAAGGGAUUAGCCUAUUGUGAGCUGCAUUAUCAACUACUAUUCGGCAUGCUUUGUUAUUCAUGCAAUCAAGUGAUUGCGGACGAAACAGUAUAUGCCCUGAACAAAGCAUGGUGUGUGGAACAUUUUGCUUGCAGCGUCUGCGACCGCCGUCUGAGUCCAAAGACCAAGUUCUACGAAUUCGAUCUGAAACCCGUCUGUAAGACCUGUUAUGAAUUGUUUCCCCUGGAACUACGAAAGCGUACCGCCAAAAUGCACAAAAUGGAAGGAUAAUUCAUUUGGAAAUUUCCAUUUCUAUCAGCUUUUAUGUCAGUUGCGGACAAGUGCUUGUUGUGCUUCCAAUUCGCUGGUGCAACAUUUCACUUCUUAGUUUUACUAUGAAACAUCAUGCAAUUGCCCAACCUGGUUUUUGCUUUUCUCUGUUAGAACCGCUUCCAUGUAAAUUUUGUAAUCUAAUUGCACAUCUGUCGCUUUGGCCUUGUUUUCUUGUGAUAUCCUUGCGAAGAUCUUCCAUCGCUUUCUGCCUGUUGUUUCUAUUUACUUGACACUUUGAUCGUCUGUCCAACCAUAGAAAGCCCACCUUUCACAAUGCUUCUCCAUGCUGGAUAUUUGCAUCCCGUCUUUAUUUUAUUUCUUUACUUGUUUGUACGAACUGUGCUAUCUUAAAUUGCUUUCAUUUUAUUCUGACCUACUGCGAUCUGAUACGUGCAUUUUUUUAAUUAAAUGGCCGAUGAAUCUUUUAUUCUAUUUUGAACAUGAGCAUUUUCAAGACC